AUGACGAGCAGGGCCGUAGCGCGGUUUGCUCGCUUUGCGAACUUGCAUUUUUUUGGAAUUCUGGGGCUGUUCGUUGUGGAAAGCAUCUGUUUUUCCUCAGCAUUUCUUGUUUCCAACUCUUUGCCGAGUCCAGACAGGGCGUUGCGACAGAAUUUGGCCGCUUUGAGCGCAGCUCGCUUUUCCACCAGGGUCGCGGCACCUCACGCUAGAGCAGCUUCUUCUGUGGCUUCUUCGGCGCGCAAGUCGCUGCUUGUGUGUCUCCUGGCCUCUACAUUUCAGAAACGAGAUACAACAGGAGUCCUCCAAGUCGCUGGAAGCAGCGAGGUAGCUGUAGGACGUUACGUUGCGACGUGUGCGGGAGCAGCGGCUUCCCCGUCUUGCGAGAAGAUGCCAGUAGUGCUUUCACCCGGUGAUGGAAAUGGGGGAGAGGGCCUCCACUGGAAGCCCAGCAAUGCAAACGGCACUCUGAUCUUCAUGCAUGGCUUGGGGGACACUGCAGGCGGCUGGACGGAGUUGCUUCAGCUGUUUGAAGCUGCACAAAUACACGAGAACACGCGGCUCAUCCUGCCCACAGCGACGACGCGACCAGUGACGCUCAAUAUGGGGGUCCGUAUGACGGCAUGGAGCGACAUACGGGGUCUCUCUGCAGACGCCAAAGAAGACAAAGAGGGCCUGAUGGCCAGCAAGGCGCGAAUCGACAAAAUAAUUGAGGCGGAGAUCAAAGCAGGCAUUGAUCCUUCGCGUAUUCUCGUUGGGGGGUUCAGUCAGGGCGGAGCUUUGGCCUACUUAGUAGGCCUAACGUCUCCGCACAAGUUAGGGGGCAUAGUAGCGCUUUCUUCCUGGUGUCCUCUGGGAAAAGAGAUUGAAGUAUCCCCCCAUUACGUGCAGGCCGUGCCGCGUAUUCUGCACUGUCACGGAGCGUUGGACGAAAUGGUGCGUCCGGUGUACGGACAGACCAGUGUGGAAAGCGUGCGAAACAGACUUAUUGAUUUGGGAGCUCGGCCGGAGAAGUGCCAAGAGGACAUCACUUUUAAAAUGUACCAAGGCCUGGGCCACUCCGCCAACCAGCAAGAACUCAACGAUCUAAAGGCCUUCCUUUCGCGUGUCUUCGGCUCACAGUAA